AUGCCGCCGGUCGCUGAUGUGUUAAAGGCUUUAGAAAUGGACUUCAUUGAAAGAAAUUAUGAAGAUAAGUACGUGUCUCAAGAUGAUGUUCGCUUCGUGCAGUUCCUCUCGGAAACUAUAAUGAAAAGGAAAGAUGGACACUACGAGAUGCCGUUACCCUUCAAAGACAACAGUCAACUGGCACUACCAAACAAUAAGAGGCUGGCCCUUAUUCGACUUCAUCAUCUAAAGAAAAGAUUAAAGGGAAAUAGACAGUACCAUGAACACUACACUGCAUUCAUGGAAGAAACAAUCAGAAAAGGUGAUGCAGAACUAGCCCCUUCAUUAUCAGAGGAAGAGACAGUGUGGUACAUCCCACAUCACGGGGUUUAUCACCCCAAGAAGCCAGACAAGUUAAGAGUUGUCUUUGAUUGUUCGGCAAAGUUCAAAGGCAUCUCCCUAAACGAUACCUUGCUGACAGGUCCCGACCUGAUAAACUCUCUAGUGGGAGUCCUCUGUCGCUUCAGGAAGGAAGCAGUUGCUGUGACAUGCGACAUUGAAAAGAUGUUCCAUCAGUUCUAUAUCCCCUCAGAAAUGCGCAAUUACUUAAGGUUCCUUUGGUGGGAGAACGGUCAGUUGGAAACAGAACCGAAAGAAUACAGAAUGGCAGUUCACCUUUUCGGUGCCAGCUCCUCUCCAGGAUGUGCCAAUUUCGGCCUUAAGUAUCUUGCACGACAACACAAGUCAGAACAUCCCUCAGCAUCAGCCAUCAUCGAGAAGAACUUUUAUGUCGACGACGGCCUAACUAGCGUUCCAACAGUCAGCGAAGCUUCGAAUCUAAUCCUCGAAACUCAAGGAUUAUGUAAAAAUGCCGGCCUACGACUGCAUAAGUUCAACUCUAAUGAAAGGGACGUCCUGUCCUGUAUUGCUCCGUCAGAAAGAGCAACAACUAGUGUACCUGUCAAACUUAGCCCAGACUCAACAACAGAAGGACAAGUACUUGGCAUUCAGUGGUCAAUUGAAAACGACACCUUCAGUUUCAGUGCUGACAUAAAGCAUCAACCCUCAACUCGUCGUGGUAUCCUGUCAGUCGUAGCCUCCCUUUAUGAUCCUCUAGGCUUCAUAGCCCCCUUCAUACUGAGUGGCAAGUGCGUUCUCCAAGAGCUUUGCCGCAGAGGCAUCAGUUGGGAUGAAGCACUUCCUGAGAGCUUAUGUCCAUGGUGGGAGGCUUGGAAGAGUAGUCUGCAAGCUUUAAGGGAAAUCAAGAUACCCAGAUGUUACCAUCCCCCAGACUUUGGUAACAGAAUGAAAGUGGAACUACACCACUUUUCCGAUGCCAGCAACAUAGGAUAUGGUGCCUGUUCGUACCUUAGGUACAAAAAUGACAGAGAUCAAGUCCAUUGCAGCUUCGUAAUGGCCAAGGCAAGAGUUGCACCAACGAAGAUUGUGAGCAUCCCAAGGCUUGAACUCUCAGCUGCCGUCACUGCAGCAAGGUUGAGUGUCAUGUUGAAGGCAGAACUUGAAAUAGAAGUUGACAAAGAGUUCUUCUGGACAGACUCCCAAGUAGUCUUAGCCUAUAUCAAUAACGAAGCAAGAAGGUUUCACGUGUUUGUAGCCAAUCGUGUUCAACUCAUAAGAGAGAUUACAGAUCCAACCCAGUGGCAUUAUGUGGAUACGACACAAAACCCAGCCGACCAUGCAUCCAGGGGUCUACAUGUAGCGGAUAUCUCCACCUCAAGUUGGUUAUCUGGGCCUAGUUUCCUUUGGAGAUCUGAAGUGCACGCAUCUUCAAGCUCUUCAGCAGAACUAAUUGUAGGCGACCCUGAAGUCAAACCUGUUACAACCCUUGCAUCACAAGCCAAUGAACAAACUGAUACUCUAAAUCGUCUGAGCAGGUUCUCCAGUUGGUCAAUGCUCAUUAAGGUGAUUGCAAGAAUCAGGAGAAUAAAAACGAAGACGUAUCACUGCAGCAAUCUUGUGUCUGUGGAGGAACGUAAGGAGGCCGGGGAGGACUUCUUCGUGUUGGUGGAAGGCUGUCAAGAUCAACUCUUAGUCAAGAAACAAAGCACCCAGUCAUCCUCCCAAAAGAAGGGCACAUUACCCAAUUAA